AUCCUUUAAUUAUCCGAAUGAUUUUUUUAAAUUUUAUACAACAUGAAUUUCAUUUGUUUACAAUUUCGUUAUAAAUACUAAGAUAAGGAAGAACAAAGCAUUUGCGAGAAGCAAAAUCAUAAUAAGUGGCACUGCUAGUCCCGGCAAAAGGCGAUACAAAGUCAUGACAAAAGAUAUUGAUGUCAUGAGGAGUGAAUCUGAUGAUGAUGAUAUAUGAGGUAAAAUAGAGUACUAUUUGCACACUAGGUUAAGUCAAACUCUACUGAUUGAUGUAGGUCAAAUUCUGCUGGUCGAUUUAGGAGAUGCGCUGAGAAAGUUUAGUAUUUUCCUAUUAGAGAAAAGAAAGAACAAGAACCCCAACAGCUUAUAUAUGAGUCUAGAAUAUGGGGAUCGGAAGAAGAAAAAAUUGUGACAUAUGAAGGAAUAAAGUCUUAAAGUUGCAAAUUGAGUACCAGAGAGUUCUUACUGUGGAGAAAAGAAGAAGUAAGAAAAUAUGCUUCAGACAUUGUCAUUCUUUGUCGUUCCUUGGUCAUUACGAUAACUUAAUGUUAUUUUUUGGUUUUAAGUCUCGCCAUAUUCACUCUAUCGUUUUAAGUAAUACAUACUUUUCUUAUAUCAAUUUCGUAUUUUUUUCAGAAUUUUAACUAGUUAAGAUAAAAUAUCAAAUAUGUAUUUAAAUCCAAAUUUAAAUACAAAAUUGAAAAAUAUAUUGAGAAGUUAGAAACAAAAUCUAAUAGUAAUACACCCCAAAAGAUAAUAACAAAAAUUAUCAAAAUCUUAUUCGUAUUUUAUGUUUAACACGUAAGCAAAAUCUUAUCGUUUACAAAAUCUAUAAUAGAUUUCAUUGUUAUCCUUUAAUUAUCCGAAUGAUUUUUUUCUAAUCUUAUACGAGAUGAAUUUCAUUUUCUUAUAAUUUCGUUAUAAAUACUAAGAUAAGGAAGAACAUAUCAUUUGAGAUAAGCAAAAUCAUAAUAAGUGAUACUACUAAUCUCAACGAUAAGCCAUAUAAAGUUAUGACAAAAGUUAUUGAUCUAAAGAGGAGCAAAUCUGAUGAUGGUGAUCUAUCAAGUAAACCUAGAUUACUACUUGCAGACCAGGUUAGGUUAAAUUCUACUGGUCCAUUUAGGUCAAAUUCUCUUGAUCGAUUUCUGAGACGUGCUGAGAAAGUUUGGGCAGUUUCUACCAUAGAAAAGAAAGAUGUUGAAUCUCAUAAGCCUAUACUGGAGUCUAAUCAGGGACCAGGAGAAGAAGAAGAAAAAGUUGGUGAUCUGGUGCAGGUGGGACAAAACAACUAUUUCAUAGUUGACAUCUUCGAGAAAGAGAUCAUGGAGUUAGGAGACAAAGUGGAUCUAAACUUCAAGACAUUCAACAACUUCGAAGUUGUUGAUGGAGGCGCUCCAUUGGAUCACCACUUCUACAAAUACAGGUGUUGUUACUCCUCUUGCUUCUGCUUUUGCACAAACAUUAAUGUAGAGAGAGAGUGGGUAAUUCUAAAGAGACAACUAGCCUUAUGGGAGAAGAAGGAAGUCAGCUUCUGUGUGAGAACUUACACUGAAAGAAAAGAGCUGAUGAGAGUUGCUGCAACCGUGACAAAUGGUGAUCAGAGUCACAGCUUGUUCUUCUUUGACAUUAAGUUCCCUAAGAAGUAUCCAUACCAAGCACCGAGUUUCUUCUACCAUCCAUAUGGUCUUCCUUUGAGUAAUCUUGGAACUAAAAAGAAAUUGAGACCUCAACUGCGUUACAACAUAUUAGAUGUGUUUCUCCACAUUGAAGAGAUUGUGAUGAUGAACACCACCAACAAGUCUUGUCGUCAGAUGUUGGAUAUGCUGAAACAGCCGCCCAUGGGGUUUGAGGAUUUUGUGAAGGGGCAUUUCAGGAAGAAGGGUGCUUUCAUUCUGAAGAACAUGAUGGAUGAGAUGGAUUUGGACAAGGAGAGUGAUAAGAACAUGUUCUUGAAGACUUACAUUGCCUUGGAAGACAACAAAGCUUACUGUGAGCAUCUUCUCAACAGUGAUCUUAAAGAAGAGCUGGAGAGGUUCAAGGAGAAAGAGUCGUCACUAUGCGAGCAUAGCAGGUUCAAUGACAAUCAAGAGACAUCCAGACACCAAAACUCUUGGACCAAGUAUUCAUUUCUAUAGUUUGUGUUUAUCUUGCCUUUUUGUUGUGUGUUUCAGAGAUUUUAAUAUGGUAAAGGUUCUUAUAAGACGAACAAGUAACUUAUUAUGAAGGGUCAUAGUCUUGAAUAAAGUAGAUGAUGUUUUACAGCAAAAGAAACUCAUGAGUAAUACAUCAGUUCGCCUCAUCAAAAGGGUGAGUUUUUCUAAACGGUGACUGUGAUGGCUUCAUCAAGAGCGAUCACACCCGGAAGUACUUUGCCUUCCAAGAGCUCCAAGCUGGCUCCACCACCAGUGGAGAUGUGACUCAUGACUCCUGCAACUCCUACUUUCUCCACUGCAGCCACUGAGUCUCCUCCUCCUAUGAUAG